AUGGAAUUAGCAUUAUUCUUUAUCGGACAGAUUUCCUUACAGCAAUCUCCAGUAAUUCCUAAUAUUCCAGCCGAUGCCCGAUGGAAACAGAAUGGAGCGACUGUUGCUGGAGGUCAUGGACAAGGCAGUGCCACCAAUCAACUCAACGAGCCUUUUGGUCUCUUCGUUGAUGAUGAUCAAACGAUAGUCAUUGCUGACUGGGGCAAUGAGCGUAUCAUUCAAUGGAAGAUGGGUGAUACGAAUGGACAAGUAGUAGCUGGUGGCAAUGGCCGAGGAAAACGAUUGGAUCAAUUGAAUAGUCCAACCGAUGUGUUGAUCGACAAAGAGACGGAUAGUCUCAUUAUUUGUGACCGGGACAAUCGACGAGUCGUUCGAUGGUCUCGUCGUAGUGGUACAACUCAAGGAGAAAUUCUCAUCAACGACAUCAAUUGUUGGGGAUUGGCCAUGGAUGAUCAGAGAUAUCUCUACAUCUCUGACUACGGAAAACAUGAAGUAAGACGAUAUCAAAUAGGAGACAAGAAUGGAACUAUCGUGGUUGGUGGCAAUGGCAAAGGCGCUGGUCUCAAUCAACUCAACUUUCCGACCUACAUCUUUGUCGAUCAACAACAGACUGUCUACGUGUCAGACAGGGACAAUCAUCGUGUAAUGAAAUGGAAUAAAGGUGCAAAAGAAGGAAUUGUCGUCGCUGGAGGUCAAGGCGAAGGGAAUGCUCUGACACAAUUGUCGAAUCCUCAUGGACUGUUCGUCGAUACAUUGGGUACCAUCUAUGUGGCAGACUUAGGGAAUCAUCGAGUGAUGCGUUGGCCUAAAGGAGCAAAACAGGGCACUGUCAUUGUGGGUGGAAAUGGUGAAGGAGCAAAUCAGUUACACUGGCCCAUUGGUGGAUUUAUUACAACAGAAAAGAAUGGAAUAAGAUAUAUUCUUCUUUUGAAUAAAAAUUUAUUUAUAUCAACAUAUCUAUUCUAUACAUAUCAAGAUCAACAAUUUGUUAUUCAUGUACAAGUAUGUAUUAAUCAAUAA